AUGGGGCCCUCGGGAUGUCUCAGUGUAAUCAGGUACCAUACCCGUACUCCCGAUUACCGCCCUUCAUCCCCUAUCGAUGGGGCCUUUCCGGCUCCAAUCGCCUGCACUACUGUUACCAUCGUUACCGUGAGAAAAACCGGGCGGAAGCGCCCCAUUUCGAAGGGCGUCAUCGGGUUUCGACUUUCUCGAGUCUUUCGACAGGUCCUCUCUACCUACUCUUCUUCCCGUCUCCAUUCCUCCUAUCACUCUUCUUUCCCUUCUUCUCUCUCCUCCCUCCGUCUUCCUCCCCUUCGACGGCGCCCUCCAAUUCUACAUCUACCACUGCCUGCCCAGUGCGUUUUUGCCGUACUGCCACGCGGUUGGUCGGUAGUAGGGGAAUUUUCUUUCCUUAUUUUUUUUUCCCUCCCUCCCUCCUUACCCCUUCUCGAUUAAUUCCCUUUUUUUUUCCCAAAAUCGAACAUUUUAUUCCUCGUCCCCUUUCCGACGAGCGCACCCUUAACUGUCAGCCUGCAGCCCUCAAAGCUGUCGGUUCCCCGGAAUACCUUGUUCUUCCCUCUCCGUCACCCUUCUUGCCAACGCCGUCCAAGGGUGCACCCUAUUCCCUCCCCGUCCAAAUUCACCGGUGCGAUUGUUCGAGCGACUAUCUAUCUCGCCGUCUGCGGUCUCCGAUUUGUCGUCCAUCCGGGUUUCGUGGUUGUUGUACACUGGGGUUCUCUUUCAUGAAUGGUUCGCAUUGGUACCAUCGGGCUUCCUGUAAGACUCCGGUCGCCUUUUCCCCCCCUCUCCCACCUUCACGCCCCAGGGCCCGCUACUAGACCUCAUUUCUUUCGUCAUUCAUGCCCUCUUGUCGAUUAUUCUGACCCAUCCGUCAGGCUAGUCUCACGUGUAACCGCCGUUGAUCGAGUCCUCUAAGCCUACCUUCCCCUUCUCGCCGCCCCUGUCCGCGGUCUCUCAACUUCCCUCAUCCCCUCCCAACUACCGCAGUCAUGUCAUCCUCCUCGUCCAACGUCGUCGGUGUCCACUACCGAGUAGGGAAGAAGAUCGGUGAAGGAUCGUUCGGUGUGAUCUUCGAGGGUACGAAUUUGUUGAACAAUCAGCAGGUGGCGAUCAAAUUCGAACCUCGCAAGAGUGAUGCACCACAGCUUCGCGAUGAAUACCGGACAUAUAAGAUUCUGGUCGGAUGCCGUAAGUAUACCCUGGUGGCAAUUGUGUUCGUAAGGUUUCCCGGUCCUGA